AUGUCCUUCAAGUUUGCUCAUCUCAGUGACUACUUGGAGCGCUGCGAAGAGAUAGUCAUCCGCGAUCCUCCCAUAGCCCCGGCAGAACAAAAGUCGAGACUCUAUCGCCAACAUGCCACCUGGUUUGCCUCUCAUCGUAAGGAUAUCGACUCUCUGGAUGAACACGGCACAUCUGCAUUACUAUCAACCUUUCUCCCCUGCAGGAGGAAGGAUCGCAUUUAUGGCCUACAGCCUGCCUCCCUCUUGAAACUACUUGGUCGAUGUCUUGGUUUAGGUGCCUCUGCCAGACACGAACUGGCUUCCUUCAGGACUCCGAACAACGGUGACCUCGGAGACUGUUUGCAGCGCCUCCUGCAGGUCAGGGGUCCGCCUCCUCUGCCUGCUGUCACUCUACAAGAGUGCGAUGACGCUCUUCACGCUCUUGCUGCAGCUAACAGAUUCUCUGCACCAUCUGUCCGUCAGUCCUUCCAUUCUUCUGCGGCCAAUGACUCCUCUUUGGCCGAUGUGCUCUUGCGUCUACAUCCUGUCGAAGCCAAAUGGUUCGUACGACUUAUCUUGAAGGACUUCGCUUCAGUCUCACUAAACAAGCGAUUGAUCUUGGCUUCGGUUCAUUUCUUGCUUCCCGACUUGCUAGGUAUGCAAGACAGCUUUGAGAAUGCAUGUUUGGCGUUGAAGACGACUUUUGCUGCUUAUCCAAGCCGGCCAGAUCACCAGUCCAUACAUAUUCUGAGGCAAACUGCCAUAUCGUCACUCAGACCUGUUCCUGGUGUCAAGAUUCAUAUUGAUCUCACUAAAAGCGAAGAAUGGCUCAAGAUAUAUUCGAAGAGUGGCAGAGAUUCUACAGAAGAUAGAGCAGGACUGCAUCAGACUAUCCAGAAGUGCUUGCGUAUCGGCAGCGACAAGUGCAAAUUCAAGCGUGCGUGUAUACUGGUAGGAGAAAUGGUGGUCUUCUCUGACAUGGAGAACUGCAUUGUUGGUUUCGACAAGAUCCGGAAACAUGUUUCUCGUGCUGGCACAUUUCUUGGAGCAGAGAACGACACGCCGCGUCAGCCAAACGAGCACCUGAUGAUCAUAUUGUUCGAUCUUCUUUUGCUUGACGAUGAAGCCAUCCUGUCACAAUCCGUCGAAGAACGCAAAGCUCGACUAAGCAGCAUCUACAAGAAGAUACACGGCAGAGCUGCACCAGCUGAGUCAUGUGUGGUGGAUUUCUCUCAGGCCAAGGCCGAGCACAAGCUCAUGAACCACUUUGCUGCAUCGAUAGCAUGUCGUCAUGAGGGUCUAGUGCUCAAGCCAUGCGGUGUUCCAUACUUCACUCACGAUUCAGUAGCUGGAAUCAAGCUCAAGAAGGACUACAUCACCGGGCUUGGAGACGAAGCUGACUUUGCUGUAGUGGGCGCAUCAUACAGUGCUCAGGAAGCAAAGAAGCGAUCGGGUCUACGACUGAAGUUUACACACUUCCAUCUAGGGUGCUUGAUGAACAGAGGCGCAAUCCAUCAAGAUGGUAUCAAACCAGUCUUCAAGAUCGUGGUGACAAUUGCAUUCGAUCACUGCAUGUCGACAGAAGUCUUGAACCGGGUCAACAUCGAGGGUAGCUUGCUUGCAGAACCAUACAAUGAGGAUACUUCCGCGUUCACCAUCAAGUCUGACAACAACGUUCGAGUCGAAUCAUACUUCCGAGAUCCACUGGUAUUCGAAGUAUUGGGCAGCUCGUACAGCAAACUACCUGGAGGCUUUUUCAUGUUACGACAUCCUCGAGUCAGGAAGCUGCAUCAAGAUCGGACAUGGAGAGACUGCAUCACCUUCGACGGGUUGCAGUCUGCGGCUGCCGAAGCCUUGGGUACGCCUCAGCACUCGGAGACGCAAGAAAAUAUUAAUUGGAUAUCCAAAUUGGAGGUGAGCCACAAGCGGAGGUUUGCGAGACACAGUCUCAAUACGACACCACGAUCCAGCAACGCCGAUACGACUCCUCGGUCGGCCCGUAGUGACUUCACGUACACUCCAAGCACCAGCUCUACAUCAAGACUCAAACCGCUGGCUGUACUGGAGCACGGAUUGCCUCUGAAAGCGAUGCAAGCCAUUGCCAACAUACAAAGCGGACCAUUACCUACUCCGCCAGAGUCCUCACCUCUGGCAAGACUCGGAACAACGGCAUCGUCGCCUCCGCUGGGCAAGCGUAAGCCUAGCGAAGACGAAGAUGAAGACCAUAGGCCCAAGAAGCUUCGAAUCCGAACGUUAUCCACAUUGAAACACCAGGUCAAACAGACUGAUGGCCAUGAGAUUGUAUCAACAUCACCACGAACGCCGCUUGGAGACAUCAUUCGGGAAGUCGCUCAGAAAUCAGUUGCAUCAACCGUGAGUAGUGCUGAGGCACAUCGACCGAAUUGGAUUGAAGGAAGCUGCAGAUUUGAACAAGCUACACCACCAGCUUGGAUAGAUCGAUGCAUUUUCAGCCGAGCAGUUGUUUUCAUAGCAGGAUUGGAUACUGCACAAAAGGAUGAAGUACGACAGCGCGUACUCGAGCAUGGAGCAUUGGUGAUCCAAGACUUGGCUCAUUGGGAUCGGAACAGCCACGGGCAUGAUGCAGGCUCAGACACAAUAUGCGAAAGUCAGGCGUACAACGGACUGCGGAAAAUGGUGCUGGUAGAUCCUCGGGAGACACGACAGUACCGAGCUUGCUAUGCAGAAGUGGAAAGGUUGGGUCUGCACAGAGUUGAGAUAUUCGACUAUCGCAUCGUCAAGGCUAUGUGCAGCAAUGUAGAGACGGUCUAG